UUGAAUACGCGGAAACUUGGCAGCGGCGGGCAGAAGUCUGACGGGAUAAGUGGGGAGGGGGACAGCUGGGCGUGGGGCCGGCGUUGAAUGAGCGGUGAAGCGGCGCCUUUGAGUGAGAGCUGUCGGUAUUUCCCGGGGUCAGGAACAGGUGAAAAUUGGCCCAGGGGGCGGUGGCGGUGGCUGGGACAGGGGCGACGGCGACGGGGACAGGCGGUGUCACGGGAGAGGCGAGGCUGGGCUGAGCCGGGCCGGCUGUUUGUAAACAUAGAGCCGAGUUAGGGCGGCCGAGUUGUUGCUGAGGUUUCGCCACGUCACGGAAAGUCCUGCCAGCCGCUCCUCUCCACCUUCUUCCUGCGCCUGAUUUGGCUUUACUUUGCAUAUUUUUUCCCUUCCAAAUUUUGGAAAGUAACUUUGACUUUCCUUAUGGUGUCCGGGAAUUCUGACGAUCUUAAGAGUCGUUUCUGAUUGUACGUUUUGUUUUUGUGAGCAGCAUUACCUGUAAUUGAAUUAUGUAGUAUUUGCUGCUUUAUUUCAACAUAUUGGAUCAGAAGACUACCUUAUUGUAUGUGUCAUAGACCAAUGCUGUAGGGGUGGUUAUUGCAGUGUCAAUGCUGAUAUAAGUGAGGAUUUUGGGUUGGGUACCAUCACUUUCCUUGUAUACCAAGCGAGUUUUCUUUUAAGUCACAGCACAGUUUUUGAGAGCUGUACAAGUUGUGACGAGUACAAUUUAUAGUUUAGAAAUUAAAGUUGGAAUCUGGAGAAAAACAUUUUGCAUUUAGUUUUUCAAUAUGGACAUGACUUGAUAGCCAGCUCUUCCCCUGUUGAUGUUUACCGAAGUGCAACACUGAUAAACUUGCCAGCAAAGGGAAAAAAAAUCCAGAACAAGUCAGUUUUUUUCCAGUUUUGAGGUACGUUCCCUCCACUAAACUAAUUAAACAUGACUGCUUCGAACUGGGGCCUUAUCAUGAACGUGGUGAACAGUAUUGUGGGAGUCAGUGUACUCACCAUGCCGUUCUGCUUUAAACAGUGUGGAAUUGCAUUAGGUGUUGUGCUGCUCCUCUUCUGCUCCUGGAUGACUCACCAGUCUUGCAUGUUCCUGGUGAAGGCAGCAAAUACGAGUAAACGGAGGACAUAUGCGGGUCUUGCUUUCCAUGCCUAUGGAAAAGCGGGCAAAAUGCUGGUUGAAACAAGCUUGAUUGGCUUGAUGUUGGGGACUUGCAUUGCUUUUUAUGUUGUAAUCGCUGAUUUGGGAUCGAAUUUCUUUGCUCAGUUGCUUGGACUUCAGGUAACACAGGGAUUCCGUGUGUUCUUGCUGUUUGCUGUUUCUUUAUUUAUAGUGUUGCCACUGAGUUUGCAGAGGAAUAUGAUGGCUUCUAUCCAAUCCUUCAGUGCCAUGGCUUUAAUAUUCUACACACUCUUCAUGUUUGUGAUUGUGCUGUCUUCAUUUAAACAUGGUCUCUUCAGUGGUGAGUGGCUGAGAAGAGUCAGUUACAUUCGCUGGGAUGGAAUCUUUCGAUGCAUCCCCAUCUAUGGCAUGUCAUUUGCCUGUCAAUCUCAGGUGUUGCCGACAUAUGACAGUUUGGAUGAACCAUCUGUGAAAAGAAUGAGUACUAUCUUCUCAUCAGCCCUUAAUGUGGUUAAUACAUUUUACAUGACUGUUGGAUCAUUUGGCUAUAUCAGCUAUACUGAUAAUAUUGCUGGGAACGUUAUGAUGAACUUUCCCUCCAACUUGGUCACGGAGAUGAUUCGUGUAGGAUUUAUGAUGUCUGUUGCUGUGGGGUUUCCUAUGAUGAUUCUUCCUUGCAGACAAGCUCUGAACACUUUUCUCUUUGAACAAUUGCAGCAGAAAGAUGGCACUUUUGCUGCAGGAGGUUACAUGCCACCUUUGCGGUUUAAGCUCAUUACAGCAGCUAUAGUGUUUGGCACAAUGUUGGGUGGAAUUCUCAUUCCUAAUGUGGAAACUAUCCUCGGAUUGACGGGUGCUACCAUGGGGAGUCUUAUCUGUUUUAUUUGCCCGGCCCUUAUCUACAGGAAAAUUCAGAAAGAUGGUUUAUCUGCACAGAUUAUUCUCUGGAUUGGUCUCAUUAUUCUGGUGAUCAGCACAUUUUCUACUCUGACUGCAACAAGUGACCAACUGGUAACACCUGAAAAGUCACCUCAGGACAUUAACCAUGAGAAGUUACAAAAUGACAUUAACAUGCAGCAGAAAAUCUCAGCUCAAAACAUUGUGAUUAAGGAACCAAAUGAUGAUAGAGACCGUCCAAAAUUAGAGAAGGAUGUUGUAGAGCAACCUCAGAUAAAGGUCCCAAUAGAGCCACAUGAAGAUAGAAAUGACAAGGGCGAGGAAGUCCAGCUGGAUCGCCCUGACCAAGGGGUUGCUCAUCCUGUCGGAGAAGCUCAUCGACAUGAACCACCCAACCCACACGAUGAGGUUAUUGUAGAUGAAGGUAUGGAUGGUGACGAAUCGAACGAAAAGAAACUACCAAUGAUGAAAGCUGAGCAGGCAAAUGAUGUAAAGCAGGAAGCCAAAAUAAAUGUUAAAGAAAAGGAGGUAAAAGAAUCAAAAGAGGAAGCGAAGGUUAAUCCUGUAGUAAAAGAACAGGGUGGAAAAAUUGGAAAUGAUAUCAAUAAUCCUGGAAAUGCUCCAGAAGUUAAAUCAGAACAAAAGGAACAGCCAGCCAAGAUGGAAGUGGAAAUGAAUGCAAAAGGUGCAGUGCCUCAAGCGGGUGUAGAAAUACAGCAACAAAAGAUGGAUAAACAUGGCAAAAUUCCUGGAAAAGAUGAUUCCGUGAUUCAUAAUCAAGAAGGAAUGGUAGAAAACAUGAACAACAAAGAUGCUAAAAAUGUCAACAAGAAGGAUUUGCCAUCUUUGGAAAAGGUUGAUGCAGCUGGAGAGUCACAGUUACGCAUCCGAGAUGAGAGAGACAAUGAAAAUGCAAUUGUAGAAGGAAAGCAAGAUGGAGACGUAGUAGAGGGUGAAGGAAAACACAUGGACCAUGUAGUUUUACUGAAUGUGAUUAAAGAGCAGCAGGAACAGCAGAAGCGACUGUUGGACCAACAGGAGAAACUGUUGGCUGUCAUUCAGGAACAACACAAGGAGAUUCACCAGCAAAAGAAUGAUGAUGAGGACAAAGGACAGCUGGAUAAUGAAAAUCCCGUGAAAGAGAAAAUUGAUCAAGGAAGUGAAGAUCGGGUAAAAAUUGUCGAGGCUGUGAAUGGACAGAAGGAGGAGAAGCCUCAAAUAAUCAAUGCUGGUUUGCAGGGUGACUCUCCUCCUAAACUUGACCAAGAUUUGCUAGCAGCUGAUCACAAGAAGGAUAAUGUUGGACCUAAAAAUGUUAUGCACAAAGCUCAGCGCAGUGCCCUAGAAAAUCAGGGUCAAGUUCAUGAUCCUAAGCAAGAUGUUGAAACUGAUGUUGACGCUCAUAAAGUUGCCCCUCAGCUGAUCAAAGAAAUUGACCAAAACAUUGGGGCUCCAGAACUUCUCUUGAGAAGCAAAGAUAGUGAAAAGAUGAUGCUUCAGAAUGAUGCUGAAGUUCCUGAAGCAGCAGCUAAAUCUGCCCAAGAGCGUGGAUUUAGAAAUCCAAAUAUUCCCUUAGAGAAUGUGAUCAGAGUUCAAAGGAAAGAAGCUGAAGCUGGGGUUCGAAAUCUGAAGAUCCCAGAUAAAGAUACAAAGGUUUUUGAAGGUCUCAAUGUUGAAGUAAAAUCAAAAAAUGAAGUUCAUGGCAUUGAAUUGAAAAUUGAGCCCAAUCCUUUAGUACAAAAACCGAAGCAUGAUGAGAAGACUGAAAAAGUAAGAGUUGGAGGUAAGGAUGUAUUUGAGGGAAAGGAUGAUCAUCCAGUUGGACACAUGGAAGAUGGGAAGGAAAAAAUUGAGCAGCCAGUGAAUGCAGCUAAAAUUCCAAAAAACCCAGAGGAAAAUCUCAAAGAUAGAGCACAAGAAUCUGACAAAAGGAAAGUUGAAGACGAUUCUUUGAAAAACCAUAGAAAAGCUUCAGAUGAUGAGAUGCAGCCAGACCCAAACAUUGUGCCACAACACAAGGAAAAGAAUCCAAGCCAGAAGAAUGGUGAACCAUACAAAGACCUGAAAGUUGAUGGAGGUGGUGAUCUACGCAGAAAAAAGAGGGACCUAAGGUCACAAAUGGAUGAAAGUCAUCCAUAUGAUGGAGGUAAACUGAUCAUCAACCUUGAUCCAGUGCCAAACUUUAAAACUGACAAUCUCCGAAGUGCCCUGGAGAACCAGCUGAAACAGGUAGCAGGAGGAUCGUUCCAGAUCGUUCAGAGCCGGAAGAUGAAACAAGUGACCAGUACCGAAGGUGAUACAUGAUUCUUGUCCAUGUUCCAGAGGACAUAUUUGAGGUUCAAACAAAAUAUUUCAUGGAUGGUAUGGAGAUUCCUUUGUGUGCCACGUGCAGCUUAUACAGUGUCCCGUUUGCAUUGUGUGAAUGAAGUCCACUUACAACAAAUAAAUAGGAUUUUAAGAAGCAUUUUGAAGUAAUUCAGAAAAGGUUAUUGGAAUUUGGUUACCUGCUAAAUAGCAAUUGUACAAGGACGUUAUGUAUUGAAGCUGAUGAUUAUCGGAAGGGAGUGGGUAAUCCAGAAAUUCUAAAAGAAGUGUGAAUUACAGAAAAUCUCAAGUCCUGUUGUUCUGUGCAUCUAUUAAUAGAAGCCACCAAGAAUGAAUAAAAAUGUACUGCAACCUAUGGGAUUGUGACAGCUAAAUGUACCAUUGAUUGUAUGAAGGCCAUGUUCAAACCUUUGAAAUGCAACUAAACUACCCAACUACUAGUGUCUUCAAUUUCCUCUCAGGGACAACAAGCUGCUUCAAUGCGAACAGCAAGCUUUUCUUAUUGGAUAUUUCUAAAUGGAUAUUCAUUAGGGCAGUUGAUUGUAUAUUUUAAUAAUAUAAAGAUUUGUGUGAUUAAUGCCUAUUUUUUUUUACGUGUGUGCACGAGCAAGUUAUCAUCUAAACUCUUAUCAAUAUUUGAUUCAAGACCUUCCUUUUCCUGCUAAAAUAAACUACUUUGGAUCACAUUUUAUGCCUUAAAAUGUGCUCGAUUCUCCAUUAAUCCAUUGUGCAUUGAAUUUUAUAAUGACUACCCUAUCGUAAUUUUGGCAUCUGAAAAGCUGAUGAAUUAUUUUGCAAGAGUUCUUUUCAACAGUAGUGUUUUGAAUUAAUUGUGUAUUUUAUGAUGGGUGAAAGGUGCAAUAUUUAAUUGUGGCCAUUUAUCUAACUCCUGCACAGCAUACCUGUAGGCAAAAUAUGUAGGUCAACUGUUAGGCCCAGAAAAUGGAAAUGUAUAUUUUAAAUGAAUAAUCCAGAAUAAAUUCCUGAAUAAUGCUUUAUUUAUAUAAACAAACACUUUUCUUUGUAUACUUUUAUAAAGAAUUAAUUUUUGAAAACGUAACCAAUUUUAAGUGUUUAAAAAAAAUUGGGUUCUCAAUUCUGACUGUACACAAUAUUUCAUUUGUAUCUUCCAUACCCAUUUGCAACAGGUAUCAUUUCAAGGGCCAAUCAGUGUUGGAACAUGGGGUGUCUAUUUUCACUCCAUGGAAAUGCCUUAAAGACAAAGUAGAUACCAAGUUUCUUUUUUCUCAUGGGGCUCAGAGAUAAAUAUUUUAAAGCUUCAAAUAUUCAAGUUUUUAGAUGUAAUCCAUAUGAAUGCAAGUCCCUGGAAUUAGUUGCAUUUAAUUAGGUUGACUAUUCAAAUAAUGCCAUGCUGGCACUACCACCAAGUUGUUCCCAUUUACAAGCUUUUCACAGAUGUAAUUUUUUUUGUUAGGGUGUUUCUAAUUUACUUUAAGUAUCUAUGUUCAAAGAUGUAUAAACUCGGCACACUUGUAAAUAAUAGUAUUAAAACAAAUGGUAUGAUAGAUUCUAUGCGGGAUUCAGAACAGGCAGUAGUUUUUCAAUUUCCAAAUCCUUGUUAGAAUAUCAGUUUUAUUUAUGGAAACUGAUCAGGGCAGAGAAGCAGGUUAUUUAUAAUUGUCUAAAUUAAUGUGGCCUAAAUAUAGUGACUAUUUUUGCAAAUAUUUUUAAGCCACAAAAAUCUUCCAAUGACUUAACUUUCCAGUCCAUCACCAAGUUGCAAAUAUGAUUGCUGGGUAAAUUUUUCUUAAACUAUUUAUUACUCAUUUAUUAAUUGCCAUCUGUUUAUUACCAAUGCUACAAGGAAUCAAAGGUUAAAAUCAUCCAUGUCCCAACAACUAUUGUUAUGUUUCAUUUUACGUGACUUACGUUGAUGCAUGUGUCUCUAUCCUUUUGCAACAUUACAAAACUGUAAAUGUUACUAUCUUCGUACAAGUAGUGUACCAGUUAGUUUACUUAUAUACAUUAAAAUAAAGAUUCUGCAACAUCUCAGCAAAGAGGAUGGUCUGUACUCAGACCUUGGCUAGUGUUCCUUAUUAAGCUCCCUGUUGGGAAACAAGCAGAGGAGAUUAUUGUUUCACCAUCUGAGUUCAUUGUUUCUUGUAGAUAAGUGCCUGAGUUCCACUUGGUGCCUUCUCUCGAGGUGCUGUUAGUCUUAUGAACCAACAUAGGGGAAGUGAAAACCAUACCACUUCCUGCAGCUUUUAAUAAGCUCAUUGUUCUUGCUGGAAACAUUUGAAUCUGAUUUCCAAAUUUAAUGAUUUAAAAAUCUCAAUGUUUAUUACAUUUUCUACCUUAAUUGUUCUCAUCUAAAUGCUGUCCAGAGUUAAAAAUGAUGGCAAUACUGAUCUGGUAGAAAAGUUAAAACUUUGGGUCAGUUUUUCUGUCCGUUAACUGCAUCUGAGUUUCAUAAAGUUGAGAUGAAAGUGAAUUUUUCACAUUCCUCCUGGAAGUUCUUUGCAUUUUAUCUUUUAUUCUGACAUUUUCAUCCAUUGCAGUUUUUAAAAUAUUGCUUAUAACUUACUGUACCAUAUUUUAAUACUUCCCUGAUACUUGUGGUCAGAUUUUAUGUGUAAUCCUGUCAUUUUUGCUAAACGUUUGAAGUGCUAUUGUUCAGUUAAUUCAGGAUUAUCCUUCAACAGUUCACCUUUGCAUUUGAAAUAAGGGAUGGAUUAAGUUUAAGUGCAAAAAGCAACAAAAUGAAAAUGACUGAAAGUGAAUGUGAACUAAACCAUUGAUAGUGUAAAGUAAGAAAGUGUCACUGAUGAGAUUCCAAGAAAACAUUCCAAAUGAAUACUAACUCCGGAUGGAGAAGGAAAUGGAACACGCAGAUACAUUGUUAUAAUGUAAAUGGUUGGCUUAUCAAUAAAGUGCGAUU